AAGAAAACUGGGGGAUCGGAAUUAAGAAUACACUUCCAUGGAAACUUAAAAAGGAUAUGGCAUACUUUGAAAGGGUUACUAAAAAGAUAUUAGCGUCAAAUGAAAAUACCGAUACAUCUCUUGUUACUCCUAACAAGAAAAUUCAAAAUGCCGUAAUUAUGGGCCGUAAAACUUGGGAAUCUAUUCCUCUUAAAUAUAGACCAUUGAAAGACCGAUUAAAUGUUGUUUUAUCUAGAAAUGAUGCCAUUUCGAGUCUUACUGACAAACCUACAGUUGCACGCAUUUUUAUAAUUGGUGGUGGUGAGAUCUAUAAAGAAGCAAUAGAAUUGCCUCUUUGUGAAUACAUUUUACUUACUAAAGUGUAUAAAAAUUUUAACUGCGACGCUUUUUUUCCAAAAAUUGAUGAAAAUUUGUAUGAAUUAGCAAGUCAUGAUGAAUUGGUGAAUUUUACCGGUGAUGAUGUUCCGAAGGGUAGGCAAGUGGAGGGUGACACUGAAUAUGAAUUCUUGAUGUAUAAAAGAAAUAAAGACGAAGGUGAUGAUGGUUCAAAGCCGAACGAACGAUCCAACCUCAUAUCUGGAGACGGAAACUCUUAUGUUGAGUUAAUAUCAUGUUUACGUUCAUUAUCACUGAAAUUUGGUAAUAGAAAACCACUAUCAUUAUCUCAUAUUUCAGAUGUAAAAAAUAAAACAUUAAUACCGCCUAAUAUUGUUUUAAGCGAUGGUGGUUUAACUAAAGAAGACCAGACGUGGUUACACAAAGCCAUGGAUGAAAUACAUGCUGCAAUUGACCAUAUUGAGGUUGAAUAUGUGGGUGAUUUGGUGGUUUCGUUGACAUAG